AUGACGACGACGACGACGACGACGACGACGAAGAAGAAGAAGAAGAAGAAGAAGAUGAUGAUGAAGAUGAAGAUGAAGAAGAAGAAGAAGAAGAAGAAGAAGAAGAAGAAGAUGAUGAUGAUGACAAGGAGAAGGGAAAGGAUGGGGAUGAUGAGUAGCUCGGGGAUAGGAAGCAACAUCAGCUCAAACACAGGAAUAGGGAUCAUCAAUCGCGACGGCACAAGUGGGUUUUUGUGCGCAAGCUUCAUGCUGUAUUCUGAUUAUCUUGAAUCUACGCUUGAGACAAUCCUACUCAAGUCUUUUGUGGGGAAGUUGUUUCAGUCCAAUGUCUUUACAUACAAACGGCCUACUUUGUUGUUCGAUUCAUCAUGGAAGUUCUCCCCUCACAACGCAACGGAUCAAAGCGCUGACAGCAUCGCGGUGGCAGGAGGACUGGGCUUUUUUGUCACGAUCAUGUUCUACAAGUUCUGUUGGUUCAACGAGAAGUUUCAAACCAACGUUGUUGCUGUCCAUGAAGCUAAGGUACUGGCCAUGUCUCUUUUCCUGCGAGGUAAUUUUGAGGAAAAGGGAGUCCCUUUCGGGUUGUAUCAACACAUCCUGCACGUACCCUGCUCAAUCUUGCCCAUCAUCGACGUCUUGAUCAUGGACUCCAAGGAGGUCAAGGAGAGCAUCGGUAGCUUCAACAGCUAUCUUGUCUUCUACUUCUAUUUUGGCUUGUGGUACUCCUCGUUGGUUACGACCAACUUCUUCGUCACUGGUACCUGGCCGUAUCCCUUCAUGGAUUCGUUCAACGUAUUCCAGCAUGUUGCUUUCCAUGUGUUUGCAAUAGGGUUCGCGAUCUUCCUCGGAAUGAUUCACAGGUAUUUCAUCCAAACCCACCACAAAACGCUCCUCAACCCCAAGAAGGACUGA